GUCCCCUUGACCCCGAUCGAUCACCUCCACCGGCCCAACUACAUCAAGAUCUGCUACUGGUUCCCGCUCCAACCGGAUGUCGACCCCAAGGACGUCUACAACUACCUCGGCCAGGGCCUGCGCAAGAUGUUCUCGCGCAUGCCGUGGCUGGGCGGGAAGGUCUACCUGCAGGAGCCGAACACGCCCGGCUGGCGACCGGGACAGCGCGAGAUCCGCUACGAGCCCUGGGACGCCGAAGGGCCGGUCCCGCACCAGCUGGUCUACAAGGAGCUGGACACGGAGCUGACGUACGCCGACUGGAAGAACGAGGGGUUCCCGCCCGAGGCCUUCCCGGACGAGGAGCUCCUGGACGUGCCGGUGGAGGGCGACAUGGAGGCGGGCUGCGACAUCUUCGUCGCCCAGACGAGCUUCAUCCCCGGCGGCGUCAUCCUCUGCAUGUCGACCUGCCACGCCGCCGUCGACGGCACCGGCAUGGUCAUCGUCAUGAAGGCCUGGGCCGACAACUGCCGGAGCCUGUACGACGCCUCCGCCUCGGCCGAGCAGGACGACUUCCCGCCCGAGACGUACGACCGCGCCCUGCCGGACAGGCUCUGGGAGGAGGAGGCCGGCGCGCCCGUGCCGGAGAACCCGGACGACUGGACCAGGGGCCUCGUCGGCCUCGAGGGGCCCCAGACGGCCGCCGACGACCCGGCCAAGCUGGCGUACCGCGACCGCAAGGCCGUGCACCGGACCUUCUACAUCCCCGCCGCCAAGCUGGCCGAGCUGCAGAAGAUCUGCGACGAGCCGGGGGAGCCGGGGGAGUCGGGCGCCGCCGCCCUCUCGACCAGCGACGUCAUCACGGCCCUCAUGUGGCGCGCCCACCUGCGCGCGCGCGCCGCCGUCGCCCGCGAGGGCGAGCCCCUGCCCGAGCAGACCGUCCUCGAGGGCGCCGUCAACGGGCGGCUCGACUUCUCGGCCUCGCUGCCGCCGCUCUACCUCGGCAACCUGACCUUCUACAACCAGGCGGUCCUGCCGACCGCCGACGUGCUGGACCCGGCCGUGCCGCUCGCGCGCCUGGCCCGCGCCGUCCGCAAGGGCGCCGCCCGCGCCAACGCCGCCAGCCUGAACCAGGCCUACGGCCUGCUCAAGACGGCGCCGUCCUUCGGCCUGGUCCGCCCCCGCUUCCGCCGCGUGCACGGCUUCGACCUGCUCAUCUCCAACCUGCUGGCCUUCCCCGUCGACGACAUCCUCUUCGGCGCCAGGUUCUUUGCGAACUCGGGCAGGGCCGAGGCCCUCAGGGCAUACCUGGGCAAGUUCGGCCGCCACGCCCGCUGCUCGCUCGUCUUGCCCAAGAGGCCGGCCGGCGUCGAGAUCUCCAUGAACCUGUUCGAGGACGAGAUGGAGCACUUGGAGAGGGACGAGGCGUGGACAAAGUAC